AUGGCAUCCCAUUGGAAAUCACCACACCUCAAGUCCUGGAAGGAGGCUCAGGACGAGUGUGCCGACUAUCUGCGACUUACCGACGAAACCGUUGAGCGAUACGAAAACCAAGGAUAUCCCGAUGAACACAGUACCCACAAGCUGAUCCACUGUAUCCUGGUCACCGUGAACGCGUGGAACGAGGACUCUGGAGUCAAGGACUACGUCCUCAAGAACUUCUUCUAUCCAUCGCCUUCGGAUACCUGUUACGUGAACCGAACCCACGAGUGCCUCUGCGAGACCGUAUCGCCGCUGCCUCGUCACUCCCAGCUGAAACGUGCCCACAAAUCAUUCCUUUGCUACUAUCGCAAUUAUGGAAACAUUGUCAGCGAGCGUCAGUUUGUGCCGUACAGCGACGAAGAACGUGAGGAAAACUUUGAGCGGACCUACGCUAUUGUCGACGUUCCUCGUUGCUCCCUUGAAGAAAUCGCCAAGGGAAAUGCCUUGGAAGUCAAAGAAUUCCCGGAGAUUGCUUUUACAUACACCAUCCGAACUGGAUUUUACGAACCGAAAAAUGGAGUCCAUCGCGGUCGUUUGUUUACCAACUUUGGCAUUCCGGAGAUUCUGAGCGAGAAGACCAGCUGCUGCGAGGCCUCUGUCCGUCAACAGUACUGCGAAGAACCGGCCCGAGUCUUCCAGACGUUCAAGCAGUGCUAUGCAAGCUUCCUGCCAACACUUGGAACUGCUCAAGAGGUUGCCAAGGAGUUGCUUGAAAAGCCUGUCCCACCACCACCGUGCAAGAGCUGUGGAGGACCAGCCCCGUGCAAAUCGUGCCCUCAUAGCAUUCCACGAAACCAUCCUCGACCUUGUUACAACGGACAGUGCAACUGA